CAGUCGCGUAAGUAACGCGUAAAAACGUCAACAGCACCACCCACCAUCUAAAUCCACUGCCAAGCCUCAAUCACUGCAGCUUGUCUUGUCUUCGGCAGCUCAGCAUACCGUGCAGCUUGUGAGGAGGCUGCUCUACGCCAACAUCACCCAUCUCCUUUCAAUCGAAUCAGGUUGAUCGAUCGAUGUGCAUCACUUUUUUCAAAUCAAAUUGUCUACACAUUUUGAAAAGCAGCAAAUGCACCUGCACCAGCACCAGCACCAGCACCAGCACCAAACAGCAGCAAGUUCCCACUUCACAGCUCAACUGUGGACGCCUCUCACCACACAGGACCUUCUCCUUGUUCACGUCAGGGUUGUAGUGGAGUGAAGGGAAGCCUACCAGCACAGGCAGGCCAUAGCAGACCACUCACUGUGUUGGCAUCUGGAAAGGGAAAAGAGGGAGGACUUUGACAAAGGGCUUUCACAAGGAACUCAGCUUGCAACACUCUUCAAACCCUUGUCUUCUGUUUUUGCCCUUCUCUUUAUAUCAAAAGGGGGUGAAAAAUUUGUGCGCGUGGUCCUGUGCACGGGGCGUGGGUGGAAAUGGCUCCGAUCGCCCCCACAACGCCAGCUGCUGCUUCUACGCCGAGCGGACAUGGUCACGGAGCCGCUUCCGGCGCCGCACGCGGAGGCCAAAACCUAAGCUGCCCGGGCGAGCGAGCAGACAGCCGUCAUCAAUACAAAUCUACAGACCCACUCCCGUCCCAGAUCGUCUCCGACAUUGCUACCACCACCGCCGUCCCGCCUGCAGACCCCCAACCUUCAACCCCUUCGUUCACGCUUCCUUCAUCGUCACCCUCCGCUAGGGUCUUGGGCAGCAGCACUCGCGGCUUCAAUGGUCCCAACGAAGGAGGAGGCCAACCCCGUGCCUCACCUUCACCAGGCUUAACAUCACCCCGCCAGGACGCUCCAGGCAUAGGAAGCCCGUCUCUUGGUUUCCGCCCGUCUUCUGGCUUCCCUUCGCCCGGGAGAGACCAGUCUCACGCCAACCCAAAGUUUGCCGAUGAUCGCACCAGGAUCACCUAUGCCAUCCAGCAGGCCAUCCCCGAGGCUGCGAGGCGGUCAGUCCGCGACUGCUGGGAAAAGGCUCUGCUGGGCUCGGAUUUCCACCAGGCUUUCGUUUUGAACGCCAGUAUACAUCAUGCCACCCCCUCUGCUCUUCAGCGCGGAAUGCGCGACUUCGGCACGAAUAUGAUUCGUGCUGCAAAGCGUGAGAUUGUCGACGCCAUGACACCGGCUGACCUGGACGAGGUUGCCGCUCUCAUCUUAGCCAAGGCAAGCGACUCGUUUCUCGACCAAGCCCUCGAGAGGCGCCUUAAGACCAUCGAAGCGAAACGGCUGAUCAAUGCUCUAGCCAGGGCUGAGCGUCUUGGCUACGAGCCCAGCGAUGUUGAGGAAGAGGAGGCUGCCGAUGCAGGACCCUCGGCUUCUUCCACCGGCCCGUACCCAUACCCAGCAGCGCCCGAGCAGAGCCAGCCUCUACCGUCCCAGGCCGUCGCUGUGACCCCGCCGCCCGCUGGCCUUCCGUUUCAGGAGCCCAAUCUUUCUACAAAUGUCUUGUACUGCGGGCUCUGCUUUCGUCGCUUUGGUCACGCGUCAGCAUACAACUACCACUUAAAGUACAAAGUCUGUACCCGUACGCCAAACGGGUCGAGCGGUUUCAAGUAUAACUGCCAGCAUUGCGGCCAGGGCCUCACCACGGGCAUGGCUCUCCAAUACCAUAAUUUUCACAAGAUCUGCGGAGACUUUGAUGAUAAGCCUUCCAGCGCGGAUUCCGCGAGCACGCCGGUGCCUGCAAGCCAACCCCCUCCAUCUGUUCUCAAUACAAACGACAUGAAUACGCCCGGAACCCCAUCCGCAAGCAGGACCGCCUCGCCCGCCCAGAGAUCUAUGGGCGCAGCCACCAGCAAGGUUGGCACCCCUACAGGCGCUACGCCCCGCGGCUCGUCUGCCGACCCUUAUUCUCACUUGUCACCCGAGCAGCUGGCUACCAUGCAGGAGGAGCUUCGAGCGGCCGAGCUCAAGUACGGAGAGCGGAUGCGGGACGCUAAUACAUAUUCCGACGAGGCUUCAAAGCGGGCGCGUCUUGAUUCCCUGUGCAACUCGUUUGCCACAAAGCAGUCUCUGAUCCGCAAAAAAUAUGGCGUCCGGCUCCGGAUGCGGAGGACCAAGGCCGAAAUCCUGGCUGAAAAGGAUCGCAUACAUUACAAAACGCCGGCUGAGCUGCAAGCUGAGCUGGGCUUCCCGCUCAGAGAACGAGGGCGUCCUCCCAUCGUGGACGACCCAAGUGAACGCGACAACACCCCCGGCAAGAAAUCUGGAGAUGACUACGCUGUACAUGAUGUUGAACACGGCGGCUGGGCGGCGGUGAAUGCACCAGCAAGACCAGUCACGACUCUAGCAUCAUCCCUGCCGGUUCCCCAGCUCAACGUUGAGAAUAACGAGGGCGGGGUGGGCAUGCAUGCCGGCAAGCGCCGUUACAGCGGGCACGGCGAGGACCUGAGCAGCAAGCGCACUGCCUAUUCUGAGAUGGGAGGGCUGGGUAGUUCAGCGGCAGUGCAGGCGGAGACGAGGGAUCCCACGUUCGCGCCCUCCAAGGCUUUGUCUCCUGAGGGGAACGGUACGGCAGAGGAGCCAUUAGAGCUGAAUGAUACCGACACGGAGGACUCGGACGGCGACUCUACCAGUGAGGAUAUCCCGGCCCAGCUGCCGACGAGUCUCCGUGAUAGUCUGCAGCGCUCGAGCUCGGUCACCAUCUCAAGACCUGCUUCAGGUUCUGCGGCACCAUAAUUCUUUACCUGAGGAUGGGCCGUGAUGUCUUUUGUGCUUGGGUUUCAGUAGUGAUCUUUACCCUGCCUCAGAUCGCGCGAUGGACCCCCCACCACCCCCAUGAAAAAUACCCCGCAUUUCUGCUUGCUUUCUGAGAGGCACGUUUAUUUUUUUAUUUUUUUUAUUUUUUUGACAAAAAAAACUUGGCGACCAAAAUAUCAUAUCUCGAAGGACAUAGCAAUGUGUUGGCGUUGUCUGGCGGGGAACUUCGAUUUUGUUGCUUGCGACUAGAAAAAAGCCUUGAGAGAGGCCUCAAUCUUAUUACUGCGUAUCGAGUGGGUAAUUCGCGAAGGCCCUUCAGAAGGCAAUAAAUACCGAUGCUUUUCCUUUUUCUCGUUAUCUAGAGCAUGCGUGCUCUACAGUAAUCCAACCUCGCAUUCAACU